AUGGAAGGACAAACUUCUCAGCCCGCCGCCAAUCCUGGUGACGGGCCGCAAGUCCAGACCUUGCAACAGCCAGAGCCACCUGCCACCGCAGAUGCCGACUUUUUUUGCGACGCCCUCGACGCGACGCCUGCCGCUGGUCUGAGAUCUCCUUUUAGAUCAUAUGCCACCCUGGCUCCCGGCCCACGAGCUUCCACCCCGGAACUCGCAGAAUCCCUCGUCUCCGGAACCGGCUCCAUGAGUCUCGACGCCGCACCUCUCUCUCGGGACGCUGUCGCUGCCGCAGGCUCACCGCGAGAUAUCCCCGGCGGCAUCGGGAGACGCAGAGGCAUAGUCUUCAAUGAUUCCUUUACCGAUCCAUCCGAACUGGAAUCCGCUUCGCCCAUUGCCGCAAGGAGCUCUCCCAUUCCCGCUCGCCCUCGCACUCGCACUCUCGACGGCACCCUCAUCGCCCACCGAACCACCCUCAACUCUGACCAAAGACACCGCGUCGGAAGCGUCAGCUCUUCCAUGCCUCCCGUCCAAAUUUCCCCAGACAACUACAAGCAGGCAUCCGUCCCCGAAUCCAACUCUUACGCCACACCUGCCCUCCCCCAGCGCUCUAUAAACACCCCUUCUACACCCUCCAGCAGAGAUAAAAAGACUGGAAAGCGUCUGCUAAAACACCGACAGAGCUCUCGUCCAAGCUCUCCCGUCGUAUCCUCGGCGCCCUCUGUCGACGCCAUGUGCGUCCCUGUCGCUGCAGAGGACCCCAACAAUCUAGUUUCACUCAUGAAGACGUUGUGUGGUCGCAUGCGCGGACAAAUCGAGUACCAGUCGGAACCAGGCGGCGCGUGGUAUUCUGGAAUUGCCUAUAUUGAUGAGGAAGCAGGCAGUCUCAUGUUUGACACUAAUCAGACCGGCUCUUUUCAUAUACCCCUUGUUGACGACUUGCGAGGCUGCACCGUCGUACCGGCAGAAUAUACCCAAGGUGAACGACAGUGUAUCGAGCUCACCACACCGACUCCCACACACAUGCUCCUGCUGCCAGCAGUCCACGAAGACUUGGAGCUUUGGCUAGCUGCUUUGCUCAGCUGGCAGCAACUGCAACCUAGCCCCAUCAAGUUCACCAACGGAAAGCCUGCAAGCCCAACCGCGCCCUUUCGACCCGAUCUACGCCCUUUCGGCAAGUUACCCGACGAGAGCAAACCCAGGAAUAUUAUCAAGAUUGACAAGGUGAUGCUCUGGGACAAGGGCGUCGCGCCCAAUCCGAGAGCCGCCUUUCAACGCUCUUCAACACGAGAUGUCUGGUCCCCCUCGGCGGCGUGGCGUCGAGUUUCCUGCAUCUUGCAUGACACUGGUGAGCUGACGCUGAUGCUCGAAACGGAUUCUAUAGUCUUGUGUCACAUUGACUUGACACACUUCUCGAGGCACGCCAUCCAGCAGCUCGACCGAACCGUUCUCGACGAGGAGUUUUGCAUAGCCAUCUUCCCCACCUACGCCCCCAAGGCUUCGCGCAUUUCCGUUUUCCGCCCUGUAUACUUAGCCCUGGACAGUCGGAUCCAUUUCGAGGUCUGGUUCGUCUUACUACGUGCCUAUGCCAUUCCAGACUUGUUCCACCUUGGAGAUACGGAAGACGACGAGCUUAUCGACCUUGCCGACACAGAGACAAUGACUGGGGGCGAGGUGUUUCGCAUGGAAAAGGUUGUCACGGUGCGAAUAACCGAAGCCAAAAUAAAAGCUCGACCGUCAGGUCUUGAAUAUAUCUUGCCCGAAAAGUCGCAAAAGAUGGAGCCGGAUGCCUUAGUCGGCAACUACUUGGCCGAGGUCAUUCUGGAUGGUGAAGUGCGAGCACGCACUACUACUAAAGCCAUGACUAAAAACCCUUUUUGGCGCGAGGAUUGCGAGUUCAGGGAUUUGGCGCCUUUGGUGCAGGAAUUAUCCGUCGUUUUAAAGCGUAUCGAAGGCAUGGAUGGCAGUCGCGGUACCUUCCCCCAAGAGCUGAUUUGCGGAACCGUCCACAUUGCUCUUGAUCAACUAGAGCGAGGUCAAUCUCAUGAAGCUUGGCUACAAAUUAGAGACGAAAAGCAGCAAAUCAUCGGGUCAAUGCUAAUUAGAGUUUCUCACGACGAGCACGUCGCUCUUUUGGCCAAAGAAUACGAAGCCUUGUCCGAGACCCUCCACCGGUUCCCCGCUGGGUUGACUGCUCUCAUCUCUGCCGCGCUGCCCGGACAGCUCAAGCAGUUAUCUGAACUCUAUCUCAAUAUUUUCCAAGCGUCAGGAGCUGCGUCUGAAUGGUUGCUGGCGCUUGUCGAAGAUGAAAUCGACGGCCCUGGAAGCCUAACAUCGAUGAAAAAGUACAGAUUCAGCAGCCGGCUAAAGUCGAACGAAUCCAUGGAAUCGCCUAGUGACCGCGAGUUGAUUGUUCGAGAUAUGAGCAAGUCGCUUGCUGGCGAGGCGAAUCUCUUGUUCCGUGGAAACACUCUUUUGACACAGUCCCUCGAGUUCCACAUGCGCCGCCUUGGCAAAGAAUAUCUCGAGGAGGCUCUCCGCGACAAGGUCUUCGAGAUCAACGAAAUGAACCCAGAUUGCGAAGUCGAUCCUAGCAAGGUGUACGGCGCCGACCUAGACCAGCGUUGGAAUCUACUCAUUCGAAUCACGUCCCAGAUUUGGCAGUGCAUCGCACAAACGGCAAAGCGCAUACCACCUGAGUUGCGCCAUGUUCUCAAAUACAUUCGGGGCGUUGCUGAAGACCGAUUUGGAGAGUUUAAGCGCUCAGCCACUUAUACCGCGGUAUCCGGUUUCUUGUUUUUGCGGUUCAUCUGCCCUGCUAUCCUCUCUCCGAAGCUCUGCGGCCUACUACGGGACUUUCCUCGCGCCAAAGCGCAGCGCACAUUUACUCUGGUAGCAAAAACGCUACAAAAGCUGUCAAACCUCGGCACCUUUGGAAAGCGCGAAGAGUACAUGGAGCCAAUGAAUCGGUUCCUCACAUCCCAUCGCGUUGUCUUCCGCGACUAUAUUGACCAGGUGUGCAGCAUUCCGUCGGACCGCGGUGUCGUCGCCCCUCCCGCCAGCUACAGCACACCCAACACCAUUUGUGGCAGGCUUAGCCCUACGUGCAGGGAGGGCCUCGGUAGUCUCCCGUAUCUGAUUGACGCACCCAAGAGCUUCGCUGGCCUUGUCAAGUUGUGGACUAGCGCUGGCCCAAAUGAUCUAGAUACAGAAAACGUCGAUGGUGAGCUCCUCAUCUUCAACGAUUUAUGCGUCGGCCUCCAGAAGCGAGUCGACGCUUGUAUGGCCAAGAUCGGGCGCUUGCGAGCUGCUGAAGCCGCCGCUCGAGGAACGCCUUCGCGCCUUGCCGCUACGCUUGAGCAGGCCGCCCUUGCCGAACCGCUCCGUUCCCCGUACAGUGCUGCGUAUACAGCCAUGUGUCACGACGUCGACCAGAUGCUCAGCGGCUCCGGCAGCGACGGUCCCGAGGAAGGCAGCAGCUCCCGUCGCAGCAAGGACCUGCGCCGCGGGCGUGACGGCAACGAUGCGCGCAAAGCCGGCGGCAUUUCCUCCCGCGGAACGCCCAAGAGUCGAAACGGCAAAGUCGGGCGGACGCUACUGAGCGGCAUCAUGAAGAUUGGCAGCCGCGCCGAGAGCCCCGAUUUCAAGAACCGUCAGUGA